UACAGGCAUUGCUGAGGACACCUAAGAUGACGCAAUCUCCGCGCGGGGGGGGGCAGGGCUCCGCAAGGACCUCAUGCCUUAGAGAUCGCCUGAAGAGCGGAAGCCUUCAGUCGAGAAGCAGCUACCCAAGGUCCAGGAGCUUCUGAAGAAACAGGACCAGAGAGGGAAGGUGACCUGAAAGUCACAGAAUAAUUUUUUAGAGCUGAACAAGAAUCCAAGCCUGCAACUGCAGAGACGAGAGAUCUUUCUGCUGUCUAUACUCUUGGAAAGCACAUCCUAAGAUCUUUGCAGAUUAUCCUGUGGAAGGAAAAUGCCUAAAGUCAAAAGAAGCCGGAAAGCACCCCCAGAUGGCUGGGAGUUGAUUGAGCCAACACUGGAUGAAUUAGAUCAAAAGAUGAGAGAAGCUGAAACAGAACCGCAUGAGGGAAAGAGGAAAGUGGAAUCUCUGUGGCCCAUCUUCAGGAUCCACCACCAGAAAACCCGCUACAUCUUCGACCUCUUUUACAAGCGGAAAGCCAUCAGCAGAGAACUCUAUGAAUAUUGUAUUAAAGAAGGCUAUGCAGACAAAAACCUGAUUGCAAAAUGGAAAAAGCAAGGAUAUGAGAACUUGUGCUGCCUGCGGUGCAUUCAGACACGGGACACCAACUUCGGGACGAACUGCAUCUGCCGCGUGCCCAAAAGCAAGCUGGAAGUGGGCCGCAUCAUCGAGUGCACACACUGUGGCUGUCGUGGCUGCUCUGGCUGAGGCUGGCGCGCUCCACCCUGGACUCUGGACUUCGCAGGUUCCUGCCUGUCACGCCACCCCCUUCCUGGGAGCAGCGAGCAGUGCCCCAGGCCCGAGUUGGAGCACGGUCUCUAUGGGGAAGGCUUCGCUGUCUAUCAGCUGUGAUUUGUAAAAAUAAAAUCUUUAAACCUCUCGA